CCGCGCGAGUAUUUCUGUAAAACUCCGGCGGUUGAUAUGGACACACUGCUUCCAUCUGCCGGGCGGGAGGAGGCAUCGCAAUCAUUCACAAAACUACAAUAUCGCCCGCUACUUUAGUCUCAACUGACCAGAAGGCAGUGCGGCCUAAACACGGAACGUGAUUGGCUGGUGAAAACUCGGUUGAGGAAGUGGUGCGUCGAAUUACGUUCGCCGACUCAAAACCCCGCUCAUGACUAGCUACACCUGAGUCUCACACUAGUAACUCUCUCAUUAAGACAGUGCUCUCAUGGCUGGCAGAAGAGUUGUGGUCUUUCCAUCCUCAGCGGAGCUUGGGCCAGUGCUGGCCCAUCUGGUGACAUCUCGAGCUGAGAAGGCCAUCACCUCUCAUGGCAGAUUCACGCUGGGGCUCUCUGGAGGAAGCCUCGUGUCCAUGCUCAGCAAAGAGCUGCUCGCCCUGCCAGAGCUGGACUGCAGCAAGUGGGUGGUUGGUUUCUGUGACGAGCGACUGGUUUCCUUUGAUGACCCCGAGAGCACUUAUGGGCUGUACAAGAGUCAGUUGUUUUCCAAAGUCAACAUCCCUGACAGUGGGAUCUUAACCAUCGAUUCCUCUCUGCCAGUCAGUGAGUGUGCUGAGGAUUAUACCCGUAAACUGAAGGAGGCCUUCCCAGAUGAUGACUUCCCUGUGUUUGACCUGUUACUGCUGGGUAUGGGGCCUGACGGACACACAUGUUCCCUCUUCCCAGACCACCCUCUCCUCGAGGAAACCAAGAAGAUUGUGGCCCCCGUCAGCGACUCUCCCAAACCCCCGCCACGGCGUGUAACUAUGACUUUUCCAGUGGUGAACUCUGCACACUGUGUGGCUUUUGUAUCAACGGGAGGAAGCAAAGCGCCCAUUUUGAAGGAAGUGCUGGAGGGUAGAGAGGGUCCGGCGUUUCCAGCAGCCCGUGUUGUCCCGACCAAGGGCGAGCUGUUCUGGCUUGUUGACGACCCAGCAGCUGCCUCCUUAACUAUCCAGGUAGAGAGGUUAGGCUCAGGGGCCAAACUGUAGAGCUUUUUCAACACUGGUGCGAAUACCUGAAUAAAGAGACUGGAAAAUAGUG